AUAUUUAUGCAGAUACACUUGAUGAACACCUUUAAUAAUUUUCAGUGGUUGGCUAUACGCUGUAAGAAAAUAUGAUCCGGGAAACUGUAUUGAUAAAAAGAGUUGACAAGCUUGAUAGCUUUUGAUAUUUGAUGUAGUCGCUUGAAUGCACAAUGAUAUUGCUGUUAUAAGUGAAUCUGACACAAGAUUAGGAGAACAGUUGGCAUUCAACAAGGGAAACAAGAUGUUCGAGCUCUUCUACCAAUGGUUAUUCCUCGGCGUGGUGAUACUGCAAGGGGCAGAUUUUGUAUUAGGACGAUUUGCUUCAGGCCCAAAACAAAGUAUGCCAGUUCACCGAUCUUUUACACAGAACACAGGGCAACUAGGUCCCAACACGAUCCUAAAUAACAUGCUGUCUCACCGUCAGUACUAUAAUACACUCAUGGGGCGAAUGAUGGAAAUCAAUAAAAGUAAGACCGGUAACCGUAACCAGAAUAACGUGGAUGUGGAUGAAAUAAUAGAGUGGAGAUUCACGGAUCCACACAACCUUGUGGAUACUUGGGCGCCACCUAGCGGUAGGUGGGAGUACUUUGGAGAUUGGAGGGAGUCGGACCGAAGUCGAUUCAACGAUGCAGCACCCGCCGCAGCAGUCAGAAGAACCAAUAUCAUUAAGUACUUUUUCCGAAGAGGCAUUUUGUUUAGUCCCAAAUUAGAUGGAAGUGACGUCCCACGACAAGUUCAUGAUAUCCCUGUCUUUCAUUCAAGACCAAUGCGACUGUUCUAAAGAUUUUCCAGUGUUUCUUUUUUGUAAACCAUCAGCUUUCAUUCCUGUUUGAUUUCAAAAGUUGAUAUAUUCUAUUUAGUUUUAUACAAUGUAUGCAAAUAUUAUUUCAUAUUUAUGUUUUUAUGUUCAUAAUUGUGUACCUUAAUAUUUUUCUACAAGAUACUUUAUACCAUUUGCAUUCCGAAGCUUUCCGGUUCCAUCAUUUUACUGAUGUGAAUAUCUUAUCCUUGAUAUACUUUUUCAUCGGUAACAAAUGCAACAUGUUUCUCCACUUUCGGUGAACCGUUUUCCAUAUUUUCUUUAUCCCUUGGUUAGAAGAUUGUUGUGAAGCUUCAUGUUGAGAAACUACAAAUAUGGCUUGUAAAAUAUAACUUUUUUAUUAUCUUGUGAUGCAUUUUUGUUAUUUUAUAACAGUGUGUGUUUGAUAUCUUUGAAUCUUCAUUAAAUUGCAGGUUACAUUCAAAUAUUAAUAUGCUUAUGAAUUCUUAAAAAGAAAGGUAUACUUUCGCUUGAACAAUUGAGACCAUUGAAAAAAGCUCUUACAAAGCCAAUCAAAAAAAGUAAGUUCUAUAAAUACAUACUACCCACAAUGCAUUAUUGCAAAUACCGGUGCAUAAGAAGAUUAUCGAGUAUCAUUGCAAGAAAUAAAUUAUAGUAUAGAUCAGAAGAUA